AUGCAUACAUUUCUUUGGCAUCGUUCGACCAGAGCUUUGUUUGUGGCAUUCUACGCAACGGUCCUUUUCCACAAUGAAGCGAAAAGCGCUCAAAGCAGUGUCUCAGGCAGUGGGCCUGUACCUCCAUUUGUUCCAGCCAAUGGCCCCCGACCUUCACUUCCUUCACCUUCGGCUGGCGGAAAUCCUCCGUACUCAUCAUCUUCUCCAGAAGGUGAGUCAUAUUCUCCUCCAACAUCUUCAGCUAGCGGUGGGUCUCCAUCUCAACCAUCAUUUCCAGCCGGUGCCCAUUUACCUUCCUCUCCAUCAUCGUCGUCUGAUAGGAAUCCUCCUUACCCUCCAUCUCCUCCAUCCGAUGGCCACCCAACUGCGAGUCCUUCGCCUUCAUCUGGUGGGGAUCCUCUACAACCACCAUUACCUUCUCCAGAUGCGCAGCCACUGGCUGGCGAUGGACCUCCAUCUCUUCCAGCUGAUGGCCACCCAACUUUACCUCCUUCAUCUUUGUCUGGCGGGAAUCUUCCGCUACCACCAGUACCUUCUCCAGGUGGGCAGCCAAUGGGUUGUGGUGGACCUCCAUCUCCUCCAGCCUAUGGCCAUCCACCUUUACCACCUUUACCACCUUUACCUCCUUCACCUUCAUCCGGCGGGAAUCAUCCGUUACCACCAUUACCCUCUCCAGAUGGGCAGCCACUAGCUGGCGGUGGACCUUCAUCUCUUACAGCUGAUGGCCAUAUACCUUUACCACCUUUACCUCCUUUACUUUCGUCUGGCGGGAAUGUUCCGUUGCCACCAUUAUCUUCUCCAGAUGGGCAGUCAUCGGCUGGCGGUGGGCCUGUGUCUCCAUCAUCUCUUCCAGCCGAUGGCCAUCCUCCUUCACCUUCAUCUGGUGGGAAUCCUCCAUUACUACCAUUACCUCCUCCAGAUGGGGAGCCUUUAGCUGGCGGUGGGCCUCCAUAUCCAUGUCCUCCAGGCAAUGGCCAUCCACCUUCACCUUCUUCGUUGCCGCCAAUACAACUGCCGACGUCACAGCCACAAACACCAUUACAACAAUCACCGUCAUCGUCCUUACCGUUGACUAAAUCUCCAACCUCAUCUCCUGAGAGCGGGGAUCUUACCGGUUCUACCAACCCCACAACAGCUGCUUCUCCCACUGGACCUGCUCCUGACUACUUCAUCAUUAAUUCUUUACGCCGCAGGUGCAGUCCAGAUGAAAUCCCAACCGAUGCCUCCGUUAAUGCCCAAUGGAAUGAAAAUAUACGGCAUUUUAUACAUCGCUUCUUCCGGAACUAUGAAUAUAAGAAAUUCACCUGCAAAAAUCGCUGUGGCAUCGAUGAGAGAUUGGACAAUGUUACCGUAUGGAAUAGAUUUAUACCCCUAUGCUACUGUGACAAGCUUUGCGAUGGCUUUGGUGACUGCUGUUAUGACUUCGAUGCAAUUUGUCGUGAGCGAGUCAAUCCUGAGAGAAGCACUCUAAGUACCACUGAAACCUGCUUCGCUUUAAGAAAUAACCCCAUUAGACCAAUUUACAACGGUUACGCUGUCUGGAGAACGUGUCCUAAAAAAUGGAAAGAAAACGAAACGCGAAAAAAGUGUGAGGACGAAGACCGAAGUGACCUUCUCAUAAGUUUGCCGGUUUUUGACGGAGACAGUCUGAAAACGUUUAAAAAUAUAUUUUGUGCAAGAUGCAAUGGAGCUGUAAACACGACGUACUGGAGACUUCAUUUUGUCUGCUAUUCAUGGUUCAACUUUACCGCAUCUAAUUUUUCCACCAAUAUGGACAUUUUGCUGAACACCUGUUCGCUAGAGAUAUCGCCGCAAGAUUUCCAGCUUAACUCAUUGAAACGAUGCAUUCCUCGUUUUCAAGAUUGUAAAGUGAUGAGUCAAAAAGUAAACGAAUCUUACUGCCAAAUGGAAUGCCUGCGGUACGCCUUCCCAGUGUGUCAUGGUAAUGUCGCAAAAAUACGUUUUCGAAACCCACAAUGCGCAUUAUGUAAUGGCUUCAAACCUGUUGAUCUCGGAAAUGACUGUGUAUCUGGAAGUGGUCCGGUACCUCCGCCAUUGACUAUCUUGUUUGAUUUUACUUCCACGUCGAGAUUCAAUAUUCGGGUAGACGAGAGAAAAGAAGGCGUGUCUCAACAGGUUGAACGUACCAUAGUUUGUUCUGAUGAUGAACUGUACGAUCCCUACGCUGCAAGCUGCAAAAAAGUUGUCUCCCUUGAAGAUUAUAGCGACCCUCGGCAGGAUAAGCAAAAUGGCUCAGACUUCUGGAAUCCAAACUGUACUAUUGUGGCGUUUAACAAAACAGAUUUCAAGCAACUUCUCAACGGAUCCAUCUAUUUGAAGAAACACCGGAAAACCUACGUCAAUAACACGUACAGAUUUAUGGACGAUAAAUUGCUGUUAUGCGUAAAUUUCUCAAGGAAUUUUACGAGAUCAGAUAACACUCGUCGUUAUCAACGGAGGGAGAUCACCAGAACUACGCCAGCAUCUUUACAGCUGUUUACUUUUAUUGGAUCCAUAAUGUCGAUCGUUUCUCUGAUUCUUCUACUUUUGACAUACAUCAUGUUUACCGAGCUCCGCAACCUACCGGGGAAAAUAUUAAUAAACUUAGCCAUCUCUCUGCUGCUGUAUCAGAGUUUUUUCUUUGUAGGAGGAGAGACCGACGAUCAUGACACAUGUCUGUCAGUUGCAGUUCUUCUCCAUUUCUUCGUCCUCUCUUCCUUUACUUGGAUGAACGUAAUGGCUUACGAUGUGCAUCGGAUUUUUGCUCCGUUUAACGGAUCGGGAGUUGCAGCGAAUCUGCGUGAUGGCGACAAGAAACGUCUCGCUGCCUACAGCGCGUACGCCUGGGGAGCUCCUGCUGCGAUUGUCGUCACAUGUGUCGUAAUUGAUCAUACAGAGAAAGGAGCAAUCGGAUAUGGACAAGGUGCAGAGGUAUGUUUCAUAUCUCACCCGCAAGCCAAACUUUAUUCAUUUGUUCUGCCUGUUGCACUACUCCUGGUCUUUAAUCUGUUGGCGCUCGGGCACACUGUGAGUCACAUCCUCAAAACACGAAAGGAAACUCAACAAAUCACCCAUCAACGACAAAGCAGCAGUGUGGCUGUAAUUUGCUUCAAAAUGGUGUCAGUUAUGGGCUUGACAUGGAUUCUGGGAAUUGCUGCGAACGUGAAGGCUUUAUCAUUCUUAUGGUACCCGUAUGCGAUUUUAAACAGCCUUCAAGGGCUGUUCAUUUUUCUGGCAUUCGCUGUGAGUGGAAGAGCUCUGGAGCUGUACAAAAGUAAACUGCCGGGCAGAAUGACAAAGAAACCGCCAGUAUUGAAGCGAAACCAGAUGGCUUCUAAUUGUACUCUGCAAUCCACUUGCAAUGUAGCUUGUGAUUAUCAAGAUAAUCGAGAUACUUACCUCUAG